UAAAGUGUUGUAGCAAAUAACGAGGAAUACAAAUAAAAACAACGAAACAAAAGCAUAAUAAUUAAAUAAAAUAAACGUGCGCGCACAUAUCGAUGUAAUAGUGGUCGGGUGAAAAGUGUAACAGCAAGGAUACACGCCUGAAAGUGUGCUUAAGUUGUGCUGCUGCUGCUGCUGUGUGAGCCGAUUAUCAAAACAAACACAUACAUACGGAGGCGAACAGCCGAAGCGAAUCGACUACUAUCGGGGUUUUUAGGCGCCAACAAAGAUGAGUCAGAAAAGCAGUGCUCGAUUGAAGUUGAAGCGUCGUUCCGGCGAGCAAUGGGUGUCCACCAAUCGCGUACUAAACAGCAUAUCGGGCUCAAAGAAGGCGUGCAGUAUCGGGCGUAAUCCUAACUUCGAUACAGACGAAACCAAACUGCUCAUACAGCUGUGGGGUGAUCCGAAAGUGCAGCGCACACUAAUAAUAGCGCACAAAAAGCAUGCAGUGCUCUGUGAUCUCGCCGCUAAGAUGCAGCAAUAUGGUUACUAUCGCUCGCCGGAAGAGAUCAGCACGCGUGUCAAGAAUCUGAAAUGUUUCUACAAUCGUUUGAAGAAAGAAAUCGAAUCGGGUUUGGCAUCGGCAGCUGAGCCCACAUGGAAGCAUUACGCCGAAAUGGAUGCGAUUAUGAAGCGACCGAUCUUCAGUGUGCGACCGAAUGAGGUGCCACCACCAUCGCUCAAAUAUCAGUUGGAGAAAGCGCGUGAAGAGCGCGAAGAGCGUAGACAGAAAAUUUUGGAAGAAGGUGGCACUGUGUCCGAAAGUGAUGACGGACUAGAUGAGUUGGUGGCGUUGAGUAAUGGCAAUGCCUCGAAAAACGACAUUGACGAUGGCAUAAUACCCGAUGUUGAGGUGGAUAUUAACGAUGAAGCUUUUGCGGCCAUUGCUAGUGCGGCGGAGAAAACCGCUAAACCGCUAACGGCAACCAAACGACGCAAGAUAUCGAAAGCCAGCGACGGCAGUUUGGAGCUGUGCAAUGAAUAUGGCGAGGAGCAUAUCGCCGACACGCGUAGCACAGAUAGCAAUGAUAUGGGAGAGGUGCAAAUUAAGGAGGAAAAUGACAGCAUGGAUAGCGAGGAGUUCCCCUUGUGCAAGGCUGUAAAGCGCAAAUCGACGGAUGGUGAAAAGUCCAAACUAAAUCAGCAAAAAAAGCAGAGCGCCGAGGCGACCACCACAGCGGGUAGCACACUGAUAAAAGAGGAACCCAUCGAUGUGGAUGCUGAGGAAGAAAAUGGGGUCAUUGCAACGCAAAAAAACACAAUGCCCACACUUAUCGAACGUUUGGGCGAUAACUCAUCGAGCAUUGUACUGCCUGUCUCAAGUCCCAUGACGAUUGCUUCAACCGCAGCCAACGCGUCCAAAGCAACAACCACAACUACGUCCAGCACACAAUCGACGCCGCAGGGUAAAAUCUCUUUGGUGCCCACAAAUUUCCUGAUGCAGCCCAAACCAACAACACCAACCGCCACGACACCUACAGCACCGGCGCCAGCGCCACUGAUGCCACUUCACCAGUCACAAAUUCAAUUGCUGCCGAAUGCAUUAAAUACCAGCGGCACAUUGCAGCCCGGACGCAUUCUACUCAGCGGCACCGCGAGUGUGGCCGGCGCACAGGGCACGCCCACCAGUGCAGGUUUUGUGGCCACGGGUCCGGGUGGCAUGAAACUACUGCUGGUCAAUGCUGAUCAGGCUGGUGCACAAAUGGCUGCAACAAACACGACUUUGGGUAAGAGCUUGUUGCCGCAAAUAAAUGCUGCGCUACUGCAGCAGCAGCAGCAGCAACAACAAAAGCAACAGCAACAACAGCAGGCGCAACAGCAACAGCAAUUGCAACAGCAGCAGCAGCAACAGGAGCAACAAGCACAGCAGCUACAGAAGGAACAACAGCAGAAGCAGCAACAAUUACUCAAGAAAGUCGAGGAAGCCAAAGUCAAGGCUGCGAAUAAGCGCCAGCAAAAGCAGCUGCAUGACAAGCAGCGACGCGAGGAAUUGCUCUCACGCAAGGAGGCAGCUAGCAUGCGUAUACUGUUGCGUCACAUAUACAAUGCACAAACGGAGAACAAUGAGAUACAGCAGCAACGACUGGCGCUGGAACGUGAGCGCUUCGACUUCGAGCGUUCUGCUGUGGACCGCUUCUUUGCCGAGCUACCGAAACUAUUCACACAACAGCAGCAGCAACAACAACAGCAGACGCAAGUGUUACAACAGCAGCAACAGCAAGUUGCUGCCGCAAUGCAGGCGCACACACAACAGAUGCGUCUCAAUCCACCGAAACUGGUCUUCACGACCGCAGUGCCGGGCGGUGCAAGCAUAGCAGGCGUGACUGGCGGUGCGACCAUACUAACACCAACAAAGCUGGCGGCCAACGCUUUGCCAAAGCUGGCGCCGGCACCAACUGCUGUCAUCGCACAAACUCCGUUGACCGUAACGGUGCCAGCUGCCGACUCAACUGCGAAUGUGCAAAGCGUUGAUGUACAGCUAGUAACACCGAAAACGGAACGGGAAGACUGAGCUGCUUUUAAUACUCACUCUCUCUAAAUAAAGUGCAACAACCGUUAGUGAAAUUUUGUGGUCAAGGACUUUGAAAGUGCACAAAUUCGACAGUUUGUGAAAUCCUAAUUAAACAUUUACCGUUACGUAUAUCUAAAAUAUACGCGUAUUGAUAUUUAUAGCUUAAAAAUGCUUCAAAUGAAAUUUGAACCCACAGA